AUGUCCAGCAGAAGAUACGUGGUGCGGCUGCCAUUUGCUUCACCGCCGACAUCGCUCAGCGAGACUCGUCGACCUGCAGAGCGCCUCCUGGAAGCCAUGGAGCGGAAGGGAGCCCGUGAUUCUUGGUUCGGCGACCUCUAUCGAGAUUUCAUGGACGAGUACGAAGACCUGCACCAUAUGAAGAAGGUUAGCACGUCUACAACAGCUUCUAGCCCCAGCUCGGACAACAUCCACGAGUACGAGCUGAAGACCGUGACCUACGGACUGGCGUGCGCACCCUUCCUCGCCAUCAGGACUUUUCAACAACUUGACGAAGAAACACGGUAUCCACGCGGAGUCAGGGCGCUGCGACACGACUGUUAUGUCGACGACGUGGUCACCGGUGCUGACAGCCUAGCGGAUGCUAUCGAACUUCAACAGGAACUACGGAGUCUCUGCAUGGCGGGCGGAUUUCCUCUAAGAAAGUGGGCUGCCAACAAUCAGCAGGUGCUCACAAGAAUUCCACCGGAACAUCGGCUUCAACGCGGACCGCGCUCGUGGGAAGGAGAGAGCCACGCUAUCCUGGAUCUUCGAUGGCAUCCUCAAGGUGAUUGGUUCUCCUUCACCAUACGUCCACGUGCAAUCACCGACCUCACAAAGAGACGAGUUUUGGCCGAGACAGCUCGACUAUUUGAUCCAAUGGGCUGGCUAGCACCUGUCGUCAUCCGAGCCAAAAUUCUGAUUCAGACUACGUGGCUUCAACGGCUGGAUUGGGACUCUCCGCUGCCUGAUCAGGACGCACACCGCUGGAGACAGCUGUUAAAUCAACUUCCUUUGUUGGAUCACAUCCGUGUGGAUUGUUGGCUCAACACCGGAGAUGACCAGUCGCAAUUGCAGCUCCAUGGGUUUGCCGAUGCGUCGGAGCGAGGAUACGCCGUCGUAGUGUACAUCCGCAACGCUGCAACAGAGAAAACAUCAAUCAAUCUGUUGAUGGCAAAAUCAAAGGUCGCACCAGUCAAACAGGUGUCGUUACCUCGAUUGGAACUUUGUGCCGCCGCAUUACUUACCACGCUCAUGCUGCACGUACGCACUACCCUCGGCUUGGCUGCUACGCCGGUGCACCUGUGGUCCGACUCUAAGGUUACCCUUCACUGGAUUCGCGGACACUGCACCCGCUGGAAAACCUUUGUCGCCAACCGAGUGUCUCAGAUUCAGACCCUGCUUCCAGACGCUCACUGGAGACACGUCGCCGGACAAGAAAAUCCUGCAGAUUGUGCCUCGCGCGGUGUUACCCCUGAUGAUUUACUUAAUCAUGAAUUGUGGUGGACAGGACCUACCUGGCUGUUAGAGGACGAGGCUGCAUGGCCUGGUGCAGACAUCGACGUCCCAGAGGAUGACCUCCCGGAGCAGCGAGUCACCAGUCUGGUAGUCAAGGCGCCAGUCACUGCCGAACCGGACCUUCUUCUACGGUUUCCGACGCUGCAACGGCUGGUGCGAGUCACUGCGUGGUGUCGUCGAUGGCUCAACCCGGUGAGACGUGACGCCAGACCUGGCCGUCCAUUGCAUCCGGACGAGCUAGACUCCGCCUUGUUUCGAUGGCUGCGAGUAGUGCAGGCGCUCCACUUUCCGACGGACGUAGCCGCGGCCUCUGCUGGACGCACUAGUCCACCGCGAAGCCACCUAGUAAAGUUGAGUCCGUUCCUCGACGGUCAAGGCGUACUGCGCGUCGGAGGACGUCUCAAAAACUCUCAACUACCGCUCGACGAGAAACAUCCGAUGAUCAUUCCUGCGGCAUCCUGGCUGACUCGGCUGGUGAUAGAUUCCUGCCAUCGACGGACACUGCACGGGGGUGUGCAGCUGACACUCGGCCUGCUCCGCCUGCGCUUCUGGGUACCUCGAGGAAGAACCGCCGUCAAGCAGCAGCUACACCGAUGCGUUACCUGCACUCGAUGGCGUGCUGCCACGCCACAGCCUCAGAUGGGUAACCUUCCUCGGGACCGAGUAACGCCAACUCGACCGUUCUUCAGCACCGGCUUGGAUUACGCGGGACCCAUCCUCCUCCGGACCAGCAAGGGACGUGGACACCGUGCGCACAAGGGGUACAUCGCAGUCUUCGUCUGUUUCUGGUCGAAGGCCAUUCACUUGGAAGUCGUCUCAGACUACACCUCAGAGGCUUUUAUCGCCGCUCUGCACCGCUUCGUCUCCCGCAGGGGUUUCUGUGCUGAGAUUUACAGCGACUGCGGCACGACGUUCAUCGGGGCAGAUCGUACGCUGCGAAGUCUCUUCAAUGCAGCGACAGCCGAAGGUCAUCGUAUCGUCCUUGCCGCCACCGCUCAAGGAAUCCGCUGGCAUUUCAACUCGCCAGCGGCCCCGCACUUUGGUGGUCUUUGGGAGGCUGCAGUAAAGUCGACCAAGUUCCACCUCCGUCGGAUGAUCGGCGAGACCACCUUCACAUUCGAAUUUCCAACGUGGACGCGCGUACGGGCGCCCUGA